UGUGCGAUGCGGGAACUACAUGAUCGAUAUCUAGUGCUGCCAAGAGGAUCUGAUCUCCCAUGCCCAGGGUGGGUUUGUGGUUCAUUCGAGACAUGCACCCAAGUACCGUAGAUCGAGUACCGGUAUGUAUCUAUACGAGCGAGACUUUCUUGAUCUCCGUCUCCAUGGCGAGACCUAUACUCUUGCUUCAACAAUUCCACGGCAUCUCGGGAAAAUCGAGCAGACAACCAUGUCGACUCUCGAGGGAGCAACCAGAAAAACCGCGGCGCCAUGCCACUGUAGAUAUGUACGUCAUCCGCAUCCAUGCACCUUGCGUCACCGCUACCCCAUAAGAGCGCGUGUCCGCGGCGGAAACCCUUUCUCCAGCAACAACCUUCACCAACACGAUCGCAACAAUGUCUCUCCCGGGAACCGCCAGCGUCACAAAGUACCUUGACAUGCUCGUCACCCCCGAGCUACGCCAGCGAAUACUCGCGCAGCUGUUGGGUUUCGUGCUCGAUAAGCCUUACCAUGCUUCCUUCCUGGCGACAUUCCUCUUCUUCGCGUUCGUCCCGCUGCUGGGCUUGAUAGUAUUCCUAGUGUCGCUGGCGGUGGUUCUUGUUGCCACGGCGGUAUUCUGGAUCGGUGUCGCAUUGCUCAUAACCGCCUCGUUCCUUGCUGUCGCCGCCCUGCUGGCAACGGGGACGUACCUCUACCUCGUGGGGAUAUUCCUUGCCGGACGGUGGGUGCGGCGCACAUUCUUCCCCGCAUCGGAUGCGAAGGUGCAGGAGGUUAAGCAGCGGGUGCAGCAGAGGUUGCAGGUGCCUACCAUCAAGGAGGAGGUGCUCAAUGACGAGGGAUCGGACUCGGGGGCUACGACGCCGAUUGAUAAAAAGGAACCUGGCGCUCCCGAGGAUGAGGAGAGGGAUAAGAUGAGGAGAGAUAUUGCAAAGAGUUUGAAGUAGGCAGGGUAUGCGAGGAUGAGGAUCGACUGUAGCACGUACUUUGUAGGAGUAUAGGUGUAUGGGGAUGUCUGUCUGAUAGCACAAUGAUACCGGUAUCGAGCGGAG